AUGUCUCAGUCAAUUCAAAAACCAGUCAGACAAUUAUCACUAACAAGUACAAUACGGAAAAAAAAUCAGUCUAUUAAUAAUCAACACCGUCAUAGUUUGUCAGCAAUAAAAACUGAUUGUCGUAAUCGACGUUUAGCAACAUCAUUCUCUAUACCAGUUCUUCUCGAUACGAUGGAUGAAUUUUUUCAAGCUACGAAAAAUAUGGAAGAUGAAAUAAUGUUACCAACAAAACUUAAAGAUAUGUCUGUUGAUGAAAUAAUUUCUGAAAAUUCAGUUCAAGUAGAAAAUUGGCAUGAAGUUUAUACAUUUGUUCGUGGUAUGCGAAAUCAACUACAAUGUAUGUGUCCAUUUGCUGAGGACGCUAAUGAUAAUAAUACUGAUUUAAAUAAUAAACAAAGACAACAUUCUAAUGAUGAUGAAGGAAUAAUUGUUUCAAUAUCUGAUAAUAAUCAAUUUUCUUCAGCAUCAUCAACAGGUUCAUAUGAUGAAUCUGAACACAGCUCAACAUCAUCUGGAACUGCAUCACAUGAAGCAAUUAAAGAUGAAUUAAAAUAUCAUUAUUAUGGUCUUUUUCAAUCACUUAAUAAUUUAACAUCAAUGGCUAAUCGUGUCAAAGAUAAAUAUCGAGAAGAAUCUGGUUUUUAA